AUGCCUUCAAUACCCGUUCUCUUUGCUUUCACGGUCGCCAACCUGGCUAUACUCUGGCAAUGGCUCCUGAAAGACGUGGUCUACGUGACCUAUGGAGUCUCCCGCGUGAUGGAACCCCUCUCCUCCUUCCCCUACAACUGCCGGCGCAUCAACGACCACAAUCUCGCCGCCUGCGAAGAUGCCUGGCUGGAUACAUCCUCACGACAGCUCUUCCUGGCCUGCUCCAAUGCUCUGGCUCGCAAGGCCUGGAACCCCGCCAUUGGGCACUUCGCCGCCGAGCGCCGCAGCCGUACCGACCAUAUCGUUGCCCUUUCCAUUGAUACUCCGCACCCACAGGACCCGAACGCCUUCGAUUACCGCAUUCUCGGCUUGGGUGACUUCGAGAACAGCCUGGGUGAAUCUUCUAUCAACAUGGUCGGCAUGUCUGGCAUGCAUCAAGCCGAUGGCUCUCUGCAUCUGUAUCUUGUCAAUUCCGCCCCAACGUACAACGCCACCACGCAACGGCUCGCUCCCCAAGAUGUAACCGGUCCCAACGCCACUAUUGAGGUCUUUGCGCUCCCCUCUUCCUCCUCCUCCGAAGAGCUCACGCAUCUUCACACCUUUUAUAACCGCGAGCUCAUCACAACGCCCAAUCGACCUGCCCCCCUGCCCGAUGGUUCUCUAUACAUCAGCAAUGAUCACGGACCGAAUAAAGCCGGACUGGGAUUUGCGCUCUCUCCCGUCUUGCGUACGGGGACUAUUGUGCACUGUCAGCCCCCCAAAGAGCCCAACACGGAAGCGGUAUGCAACCAGGUCGGCGGCAAGCAUGCCUACCCUAACGGAUUGCACUACAGUACGCGCGACAGCUUGCUAUAUGUGCCCAGCUCUGUGACCGGCAGGAUUACCGUGUACGAGCCGCAGGUUGAGCUGACGAACAAGAACGGCAGUACCCUGCAGCGUGUUGCAGACAUCAGCGUCGGCUACCCGAUAGACAACAUCUCCGAGGACGAGGAUGGCGACUUGUACGCAGCAGUCUUUCCUAAGCUGUCGGAGAUGAUGGAUUUGUUCAAGUCGAGCACGCCGAUAGAUGGACGCGGAGCACCGACUGCGGCUUUCAAGAUCAGCAGAAAGGGCGAGACGGGGCGGAACUGGGAGGUCCAGAAGGUCGUGGAGGAUCCCGUUGGGGAGACGCUGCCAGCCACGACGACGGUGGUGCGGGAUAGCAAGACGGGCAGGCUAUUCUUCUUUGGCGUGGUGAGUCCAUGGAUUGCGGUCUGCGAGCUACGGUGA